GUGGGGAUUUCAGAGCAAGAGCUGAACUGAACAUCAGUGAAGAAUGAAGGGUUUGUUAUGUAUCCUGCUGCUCCUGGAAACCUUUGUGUUUGUGAUACAGCAGCAGGUAGAUGGAGGACACGGUGAGAAUGAGAUCAGAAGACAGAAUCCACUUCAAACAGAUCCUCAGAGAGAUGAAGCUUCAACUUACAGCCAACAAUACUGCCAUGAGAGCUUGUCUGACAUCCACGCAGCACUAAGAGACCUGACCGCCACCGUUACAGAGCAGAAAGCCAACAUCAGAGCCUUAGAGAUGCAACUGAAGGAGCAACAGACAUUCAUCCUAGAAGAGCUAAACAAGAAAAAUGAUGAGAUUUCAAACCUAACUCAGAGUCAAGUGGAGGAGCUGCGAAAGGAAAAUAGAGACCGAGAGAUAGCGUUUUCAGCUGCACUGAUGCAGUCUGGCAGUGGAUAUAUUGGUCCUUUUACCACUGAAAUCACACUCACCUACAGGAAGGUCUUCACAAACAUCGGGAAUGCCUACAACCCAACUACAGGUAUUUUCACAGCCCCACUGAAAGGAGCGUACAGGUUUAAAAUCUCUGUCUUUGGUCAUGGAAAUCCUUCAAGUCCAUCAUAUGCCUCCAUUAUGAAGAAUGGAGAGAAAAUGGUUAUGGCCUAUGGUCGUCAGGAACAGCGCGAAGUAAACUCCUCAAAUGGAGUUGUUUUGAUCCUUGAGGUUGGAGAUGUCAUCUUUGUGAGACUUUGGACUAACAGCAGGAUUUAUGAUAAUGAAAAUAAUCACAACACUUUCAGUGGUUACCUACUGUUUCCUUUAAGAGAACAGGAGCUUUGCAGAAUGUGAUUCCAGGAAAUCUGGACCUUUAGCCUAUGAUUUAACCCCUUACUAGUAACCCCCCUUUUUUGGCAUGUAGACCGAAAUGACAUACCCAAAAUAAAAAGG